UUCCCGAUAACCGAGCGUGGCGGGUGCCGUUGUGGUGUCAGAUGAUCACGUCUGGGAUUGUCUGUACAUUUGUAUGGUUCUUGCCGGAGUCCCCGAGGUGGUUAGUUGCGCAUAAUCGACACGAAGAAGCUGCGAAGAUCUUGGGCAAGUAUCAUGGAGAGGGCGACAUCCACCAUCCCCUUGUCACCAUGCAGAUGAAAGAAAUGGAAACACAGAUCCGUUCGUCGACUUCCGACACCGCAUGGUGGGACUACCGUGAACUCUUCAGCACCAAAUCCGCUCGUGCAAGGUUAAUCUGUGUCGCUGGCAUGGCUUGGUUCGGACAGUAUUCCGGAAACGCCGUCGUCUCCUACUUCUUCCCAUUCAUGGUUAGCAGCGCAGGAAUCUCAGAUCCGCACACUCAACUUCUCCUUAACGGCCUUAACCCCGUCGUGGGAUGGAUCUUCUCCGUAUGUGGUGCAUGGUCGUCGGACCGCGUGGGCCGUCGUCCUCUCCUUUUAUACACCCUAGGAUGUGCGAUUGUGAUCUUCGCCGUCAUCACCGCUUGUACGCACUACGCCAUCGUCGAUGGGAACACCGGAGCGUCUUACACCGCCAUCGUCUUCGUCUAUCUCUUCAGCGCGAUCUUCUCCUUCGGGUGGACGCCCCUCCAGGCCGGCUACAUCGUCGAAUGUCUCCCCAUGGAAACCCGUGCCAAGGGUAACGCACUCGGCCAACUCAUCUCGAACAUCGCUUCCGCCGUCGGCUCUUACUCCGGCUCAGCAGCGAUGGGGUCAAUUGGGUAUUGGUAUUAUUUGGUGUUCGUGUUUUGGGAUAUGAUUGAGUGGACAGUGAUUUAUUUCUUCUUUGUGGAGACGAAGGGGAGGACGUUGGAGGAGUUGAAUGAGGUUUUCGAGGCGGCGAAUCCCGUGAAGAAGAGUUUGGAGCCGAGGAGUGUGGAGGAUGUGGAGCAUACUAUUGGAGGGAAGAUUUGAGAUGUAGGAACGUUACCGGGAGUGUACGAUACACGAAGCUUGUGACAGUCAUGAUGAACAAGAAACAGCUUUCUAUCUAACCGCU